CCAUAACUGCCAACGGUAAACAUCAGCCAAAGAAAGCCGUGCAGUAAAGGAGUAUACAGACUCCAGACUGGAGUUUCAAAGUCCAGUUUGCGUUUCCGAGCAGCUAAAGCAGUGCUAAAUCCUGUAGUAGUUGAUUUAAAGAAUCCAUGGCUCAAUAUUCUCGUGUUUCCGGCACCGUGGGCUUGAUCACGCUCAAGAAUCCUCCUGUCAACGCGCUCAGUGCUGUGACGAGGCAUGGCAUCGUUGACUCGGUCAAGAAAGCACUCAGUGACCCGGCAGUGAAGUCUGUCGUCAUCUGUGGCCAGAAUGGGAUGUUCUGCGGGGGGGCGGACAUCAGGGAGUUUGGGACCGACAUGAAAGGGCCUCAUCUGAUACCAAUGAUCCACAGCCUUGAGGCUUCAAAUAAGCCGGUGGUGGCCGCCAUAGAGGGGGGCGCUUUCGGCGGAGGCCUGGAGCUCGCGCUUGGCUGUCAUUAUCGCAUCGCACACUCCAAAGCCAAAGUCGGCCUUCCAGAGGUGACUCUGGGUUUGCUGCCAGCUGCAGCAGGAAGCCAACGUCUGCCAAGGCUCAUCGGUGUCCCGGCUGCCUUAAACCUCAUCACCACAGGCCGCCAUAUCACUGCUGCUGAAGCUCUGCAACUUGGAAUCGUGGAUCAAGUGGUCGAUCACAAUGCUGUGGACGCAGCUGUGAAGUUUGCCCAGAGUGUUGCAGGUCAGCCUCUGGAUUCUCGUCGUAUAAGCAAUUUGCAGUGCGCCCCCGUACCGGAUGUGAACGCUCUCUUUGAAGAUGUGAUGCUGAGAGUGAGGAAGACAGCUCGUGGAGCCAUGGCACCCAUUGCAUGUGUGCAGGCAGUUCGAGCUGCUGCCACCCUGCCAUACGCUCGGGGCCUGGAGCGUGAGAAAGAGCUGAUGGCCACGCUCUUCACCUCGGGCCAGGCCCGCGCUCUGCAGUACUGCUUCUUCGCUCAGAGAGUGGUCGGCAGGUGGAGCAUGCCCAGUGGAGCCCGCUGGGAUACGAGCAAGGGCAGGCCUGUACAUAAAGCAGCUGUCAUCGGUCUUGGCACCAUGGGAAGAGGCAUAACAGUGGCCCUGGCACAGACUGGCUUGUCUGUAGUCGCUGUAGAGACCCAGGAGAAGCAGUUUGUGGAAGCAAAGCAGGCAGUAUCGGGCAUGUUGGAGCGAGGGGCAAAGAGAAGAGGGGAAGUUCCUGCACACGAUAAGAUCACAUACAGCCGGAACCUCCAGGCCAUCGCAGAUGUCGACUUGGUCAUUGAGGCUGUGUUUGAGGACAUGGCCUUGAAAAAGAAAGUCUUCCAGCAGCUGUCUGCUAUUUGCAAACCAGGCACUCUCCUCUGUACCAACACUUCUGCUCUCGAUGUGGAUGAGCUGGCAUCCCAAACUCACCAACCUGAGCUGGUAGUUGGAAUGCACUUCUUUGCGCCGGCUCAUGUCAUGAAGCUCCUGGAGGUGGUCUACGGCCCACGGUCCUCUCCUGAAGCUGUCGCUGUCGCCAUGCAGCUUGGGAAGAAAAUGGGCAAAGUCAGUGUGGCAGUAGGAAACUGCAGGGGUUUUGUGGGAAACCGCAUGCUUAAGCUGUACCGUGACCAAGCAUACUUCCUGUUGGAGGAAGGAGCCACGCCUGAGCUGAUAGAUCAAGCAUUAGAAGAGUUCGGAUUUGCAAUGGGUGCGUUCAAGGUGUCCGACCUCUCAGGGCUCGACGUGGGCUGGAAAGUGAGGAAGGAAGAAGGGUUGGUGCUCCCCGGUGGGGGGUCAGGGAAAUCAGCCAGAAUCCGACAAGGUGUCAGGUACAGCCCCCUGGGAGACCUCAUGUGUGAGCAGGGAAGGUUUGGCCAAAAAGCCGGUCGAGGAUGGUACCAGUACGACAAACCUGGCAGUCGAGAUGCCAAACCUGACCCCUGGGUGCACCGCUUCCUGGAGGAGUACCGAGCCCGCCAUGGCCUGGUGACGCGCCGCAUUAGCAACCAGGAAGUUUUGGAGCGCUGCCUUUACGCCAUGAUCAACGAGGGCUUCCGCAUUCUGGAGGACGGCAUUGCAGCAGGACCGGAAGACAUCGAUGUCAUCUAUGUGUUCGGUUACGGCUGGCCAAGGCACCGGGGAGGACCCAUGUUCUACGCCAACAUGGUGGGGCUGCAGAUAGUCCUGGAGAGGCUGGAGCACUACGCACAGGCCAACCCCGACGUGCCCUCCCUGCAGCCCUGUGGCCUGCUCAGGAGGCUGGUGGCUAAUGGCAGCCCGCCCAUCAACAAGUGGAGAGAAGUCAUCAAGAACGUUCGAAGCCAGCUUUAAAUUCUCAGCUUUAACUGCUUAAUUCCUUUACUACAAUCAUUAACCAAAUAAAUACUCAGUGAUCUGCACUUUAA